AUAUUUUAAUAUCUGAGCUCCCUGCCUUCAGCGGUACCUUGUUUUUUUCGCUUUUUUCCUGUUACUGUUUCCAGUGCCACCGAAUUCCCUUUCUUAAAAAAAAAAAAACAGUUUUCACUGAUGUUUUUAUAAAAAUAUAAAAUAUAAAAACCGACCUUUUCUUCCUUCUUCAACGCCCUGGUUCCGCUUCUCUCUAACAGUGUUUAGAUUCUGAGAUUAGGGGCUUUUGAAUUGUGCAGAGUAAGGGAUUCUAGGGUUUUGUCGAGUUUCUCCUCUGAGAGAUCUUUGGAAAAAAGGUAGUGUUUUUAUUUCUUUAAUAAAGGUUUUACUGGGAACGAUAUGGUCAGAAAAAGGGUGCUAGGGAUUCGUUGGCGGUGAAUUUGAGGGUGCAUUUAUUCGUGAAGGGGAUAUACUUGAUUUUUAUUAUUGGGUCAAAGUUUGUUUUUACGUUUUUUCUCUUAUUAUUUAGGUUUGGAGUAAUGAAUUUGCUGCAAUUUUGAUAAUUUGUUUGGACAACAACUGAGAUGGGUUCCUGCGAGAAUACGACUUUGGUUAACGAACCUUUGCGUGAAGUUGCUGCUGCAAAGCAACAUUCGUGCUCAGAGUCAGUAGGAAACCUUGAGCCUGAGCAGCGGGAUUGCAUUGUGACUGAUGCUAACGGGGAUUGUGCUGAUGAACCUGGUGAAGAUGAAAAUACUGGUUGUGAAAGGUCUAGGGAUAUUGUUUGCAGAGUUGGAAUAAAGGGAAGGGGCCAAACGGUUGGUUUUGGUUUGAAGGAAAUGAUAGGUGAUGAAUGUGGUGAUAGCACAGUUUGUUUGAAAGAAAAUCAGGGUGAAAAUGCUGAUGGUUCUUGCUCAAAAGAAUUGACAGGUGAUAUUUUUGGUGAUAGUGUGGUUUGUUUGGAAAAUAAUCAGGGUGAACAUAUGGGUGAUUCUGGUUUGAAGGAAUUGAUGGGCGAUAGGUGCAGGGAUAGUGCAGUUUACUCAAAUGUAAAUCAGGGCGAGAAUGUGGAUGGUUCUUUUUCAAAUGAGUUGAUGGGUGAUAGGAUUGGUGAUAGUACAUUUUGCUCCAAUGAAAAUCAGAGUGAGAAUGUUGAUGGUGCUGGCUCAAAGGAAUUGAUUGGUGAUAAGGAUGGUGAAUGCAUGGUAUGCUUGAAUGAAAACCAGGAAGGGAAUGUAGAUGGUUCUGGUUUAAAGGCAAUGAUGGGUGACAGGUGUGGUGAUACUGUGGUUUGUUUGAAUGAUAAUCAGGGUGAAAAUCUAGAUGGUUCUGGGCCAGAGGAAUUGGUGGGUGGUUAUUCAAAUCAAAAUCAGUGUGAAAAUGUAGAUCGUUCUGGUUCAAGGGAAUUGAUGGGUGAUAGGAUUGUUAAUCAUCUGGUUUGUUUGAACGAAAAUCAGGGUAACAUUGAUGUUCAUGAUUUGGAAACUGAUCUGUCGUGCUUGAAAAACAGAGGAUCUUCUGGUGAGGACCAUGCAACUGCUAUGGAUGGAUCUUUAGGCUUGUCUCAGGAUGAAAAUACUGCUUGUUUGAGCGGUGGCAUAGAGAUUUCUACAAACUGUGAAGAUCAGAUGAAAGCCAAUGGUGAAAAUUUGGUUGGUAUGAUGUUAAAAGAAUGUAUGGACAAUCAAGGUGGGGUUUGUUUGACUGAGAAUCAGGGUAUAGUUGAUCAUCACAACUCAGAAAAUAAUGCUUCGCUGGAUGGUGAAAUACCAUCAGAACCGAAAACAGUGACUACACCUAGAAAUUGUGUUAAACAGGAUAAGCUGAAGGAUGAUGAGAGGGACAGUGGUUCCAUUCUGCUAGGGAUCAAGGAAGAUGCGGAAGAGAAGUGUGAAGAGAAAAAUGAUGUUUUAAAGAGGACAGGGACUGAUGUUCUGAACCAAAUUUUGCCUUCAAAGAAAUGUCAAGUGCCCUUAACUGGUGAACAUAGGAAUAAGGAUGAUACAAGAACCUGUUGUUCCUCCAUGGAAGUAGCUAUGGAAGAAAAACAAGAGAUAUUAUCUGAGAUUGAGACUAAAAUUUGCAACCAGAUGCCAUCCAUCCAGGGAAGUAGCUUGCCUUCAGAAUCAGUAGCCAUCACUGGUUGUCCCCAACAAAAUUACCUGAAGGAUAGUAACAUUGGCAGAGGUUCUGUUAUGGAUGGGAAAAGUGGUGCUUUAUCCAUUAUAGAAUCUGAUAUGUGCAGCCAGAUAUCAGCUUCAUGUUGUGCUGAGACAAUUUCCAAUUUACCAUCUACAGGUGAUUCAGUUAGUAGUUCUGACUUGUAUAACCAGAUUGAUGAUCUGAGUAGCAGUGAUCUCUCUUUGGAAAGUUUUACUAAGCCUGUUGAAACUAAAAGUAAUGAUCAUAUACGUAUUCAGUUAUUUGCUUCAAAGGGUUGCCUAAGUAUAUUGGAAACGUUACAUAGAGCUGAAUCAUUGCACACAAAUGCACAAACUGACGAUAAGAAUGCUUAUUGUCCAUCAGGAGAUGGUGUUGCAGAGGUUUUUGAGGGGAGGACUGAUGUUACUGCAGGUACAAAGGUUGAAACCUCCAGUGAAAUAAUAAAUACCGAAGAAAAUGCCUGCAACUUGAGGGGGGAUUCUUUUGAGCUAGGUGCAAACUGUCUUUGUGAUACAUCAGCUUCUUUGUCAUGCCAGCCUUUUGAUGUUGUUGAAAAUGGCUUGUCUGGGAGGUCAGAUCCUCUGGAUAUUUUGACAAAGGAUGCUUGUGCUGCAAUUAGUUCUAGGAAUUCAAUUGAUUGUUCUGGAGAAAGAGAAGAUGAAAGAAAGGAUGUUGUCAAGGCUGAUUGUGUCUCAGAAACAAAACAUCAUCCUACCACAUCUUCCUCUUCUCGAAGGGAUAGCCGAAAAAGUAAAUCAAGCCGAAAGACUCCUGCAAAAAGGAUUGCUAGGAACUGUAGGAACACAAAGCUGCCACACCCACAUGAAAGUAUUGAAUUUCUUUUCAAAGCUUCAAGAAGGAAGAGAAGCUGUUCAUCCAAACCAGCUCGUUCUUCUAUCUGGGGAUUGUUCAGUAAUGUUACACAAUAUCUUGAGCUGUGUCCUGUCCCUGUGUGUAAUGAUGUGUGGAAUCAAGAACCACACAAAGCUGGAGGUGGCCAAGGAAGUGGGAAACGAAGCAAAAAUCGGGCUGGUAAAAACGGAAAAGGGUCAAGUGGGCUAAGUAACACUUCAACAAGUUGCCUACGUUUUAAGAUUAAAGUUGGCAAGGAAGUUGCUCCAAGUAAUCUGAUUAGUGUGGUUGAUCCCUCAGUUUCUGUUGAUACUUCUUUUAGUAAUUAUGGGAAGGAAACCGAUCUACAAUUUCCAAAAUUAGCCAAUGUUGUUGAAGAUAAAGUAGGGGAACUGGGUAGUGAAAGACAGUUUCAGUCCAAGGGGGACCAAGAAAAGGUGAAAACAUGCUCAGAUGAUUCUAUAGUGGAUCUAAAACUAGCAAAUAAAGUUGUGGGGAGUGCUGAAAAUCUUGAAAAGUCUGCUGAAGAUGCUGUAGAUAAUUACCUUGUAAGUCAGUCUGAUGCAGUAGCUGAAGCAUCUGGAGAAGCGAUAGAAAACAAGUAUAUGGAUCCUGGAACUUCACCGGAUUCAGAAGUAAUCAAUUCAAUUCCUGAUGUCCAAGUUGGUUUAAUACACCAAGAAGCAUUGCAUGAUACUGUUUUGAAUGCUUUUGGAGCUCUUGCUUUUCCUGGAGGUGUUAAGAAUAGUAAGGGUAGCAAGCGGGGAAAGAAGGAUGGUCAUAUAUCUCCUGGUGCUGCCAGCACAAGGAAACGUAGUUCAUCAAAGAAUUGCAGAGGCAGACAAAAAACAACAGCUAAUGGAUUUGUGUCUAGCGAGGCUCUUUAUUCAUUCACUGGUGCAAAUUCUUCAAGAGAGAAUGGACUUGGAGUCUCUGAAGAGGCCAUGAAAGUGGGAAUUAAUAUGGAUGCUAAAGCAUGUUGCAGUCCGGAUUUUCAAGAUACAAAGAGCAUCAAGAAUUUGUCUUCCUCUAAAUACAAGCAGAAUCAACUUUCCAAAAGUUCAAAAUCUCAGGGAGCGAGCAAGGGAAAAUCCAGAGUCUCUGAUUCUGUGAGGAGCAGGAAAGGAAAUGCUUGUAAGCAGAGGGGAAAUGAGUUGAAGUCAGUUAGUAAGAGCAAAGUAAAGGAGAAAGGCUCUGAUGAAGAGAUUGUAGCCAGAGGAGGAAAGCGUCCACUAACAGAUGAUAUUGAGAGCUCAAAUGCUGGCAACAGUAUUGCAUCUGUGGACAUGGUUAAUGUUGACAUGGUAUCAGAUGGUGUCAUGGAGCAGCGUAAACAGCCUGAUGAUUCUUGGGUGCGUUGUGAUGAUUGUCAUAAAUGGCGGCGAAUGCCUGCUGCACUUGUAAAGUCAAUUGAUGAGGCAUGCCGUUGGAUCUGUGGGGACAACGUGGAUAAAUCUUUUGCUGAUUGCUCAGUUCCUCAAGAGAAGUCCAAUGCUGAUAUUAAUUUUGAGUUGGGCAUAUCAGAUGCUGAGGAAGAUGGUUGUGAUGGUUUUAAUUACAAGGAACAGGAGAAGGGAUUUGAAAGUAAAUGUAUGAGAGUGCCAGUACCAUCUCAUUUUUGGCGUAUUGAUAGUAACCAAUUUUUGCACCGUGGCCGUAAAACUCAAACCAUUGAUGAGAUAAUGGUUUGCCAUUGCAAACGACCUCCAGACGCUAAGUUUGGUUGUGGGGAUGAAUGCCUAAAUCGAAUGCUGAACAUUGAAUGUGUUCAAGGCACCUGUCCAUGUGGGGACCUUUGUUCAAAUCAACAGUUCCAGAAGCGCAAAUAUGCAAUGAUGAAGUGGGACAAAUUUGGUAAGAAAGGUUUUGGGCUGAGGACGCUUGAGAAUAUAUCUGCUGGCCAUUUCCUUAUUGAAUACGUUGGAGAGGUGCUUGAUAUGCAAGCUUAUGAGACUCGGCAAAAGCAGUAUGCUUCUAGGGGUCAGAGGCAUUUCUACUUCAUGACAUUGAAUGGCAGUGAGGUAAUAGAUGCAUAUGUCAAAGGAAAUUUGGGGCGCUUCGUUAACCAUAGUUGUGAUCCCAAUUGUCGUACCGAAAAGUGGAUGGUGAAUGGAGAAAUUUGUAUUGGACUAUUUGCAUUAAGGGAUAUAAAGAAGGGUGAAGAGGUUACAUUUGACUACAACUAUGUGAGGGUAUUUGGAGCUGCUGCUAAAAAAUGUCAUUGUGGUUCACCUCAUUGUCGGGGUUAUAUAGGUGGUGAUCCACUUAGUGCAGAAGUAAUUGUUCAUGAUGAUUCAGAUGAAGAAUCUCCUGAACCUAAGAUGCUUGAAGAUGGUGAAAGCUGGAAUGGUUCUGACAAUAUGAUAUCUAGAUUUAGUUCCUUUGAUGGUGCAGAAAUACAAUCUGUGGAGAGUGUAAUAACUGAUGGUGUAAUAAAAUUGGAGAAUAUGCCAGAAGCUGACUCUCUCAACCAUUCUGCUUCUGCUACAUCUCAAUUGAAGAGUUCAGUUGAAACAGAAGAUUUGAAGGGAAAUUUCCAAUUAGCUAUUCAGCUAGAAGAAGUUUUGCCCAUGGCAGCUCCCUGUGAAGCUGCUCAGCCAGGUUGUACCACGGAACAGAAGGCUGUGAACAAAACUUCAUGUUCCAUUCAGAAAUUAGAUACUUCUCUAAAAAUGUUAGACAUCAAAUUACCUUCUGAUGUUGUUGAUGCUAAUAAGAAGUCAAAGUUUGAUACAGCUGAAGAUAAACAGGUUCCUUCAAAAUCAUAUCCCCUGAUGAAGGGGAAAAUUAGUAGUAAUUCUCUGAAUGGAAAUAAGGUUCGGAUAACAUCUGACAAAUCUCAAGUGCCUUCUGUCAAGCCCAGAAAAUUCUCAGAAAAUUCUAGUACUUGCCGUUUUGAAGCCGUGGAGGAGAAGCUUAAUGAGUUGCUGGAUUCUGAGGGGGGCAUAACAAGAAGAAAGGAUGCUUCUAAACGCUACUUGAAGCUUCUGCUUCUCACAGCAACUUCUGGUGAUAGUGGCAAUGGUGAAGCAAUUCAAAGCAAUCGAGAUCUUUCAAUGAUUCUUGAUGCUCUUUUAAAAACAAAAUCACGAGUUGUGCUGACUGAUGUAAUUAACAAGAAUGGUUUGCAGAUGCUACACAACAUAAUGAAGAAAUACAGAAGGGACUUCAAAAAGAUUCCAAUUCUUCGGAAGCUUCUAAAGGUUUUAGAGUAUUUAGCAAUGAGGGAGAUACUUACGCCGGAACAUAUUAAUGGAGGUCCUCCCUGUGCUGGAAGGCAGAGCUUUAGGGAGUCAAUGCUGUCAUUGACAGAGCAUGAUGACAAACAGGUCCAUCAAAUAGCUCGAAAUUUUCGAGAUAGAUGGAUUCCUAAACCUGUCAAAAAACUCAGCUACAGGGACAAGGAAGAGGGCAGGAUGGAGUUUUACAGGGGUUUGGAAUGUAACAAGGUUUCAGCAUCAUACAAUCAUUGGCGUGACCAGGCCAUAAGACCUACAGAAGCAAUUAGUUGUAUCAUGCAAUCAGGGGCUGCAACAACUUCAAUGGAUACUUCUGCCCGUGAGGGUUGUUCAUCAUCUUCGACAUGCAUUUCCCAAACCAAUGGUACCAAAAUUCGCAAGCGCAAAAGCCGUUGGGAUCAGCCUGCAGAGACAGAUAAAAUUGAUUUAGGGUCACCAUUACCUGUUUUACUUCAACCAACACCAGAUCACAUAGAGAAGAUGAACAAAGGGGAUAAAGAAUGCCAUGACAGUGUUUGCAAAGGUGAAACUAAUAAUGUUGACAAUGGAAGGCACAGUUUUCAGGAGAAUGUUCCACCAGGGUUCUCUUCUCCUAUGAAUACAUCUUCGUUUUCAUCAACUGCUAGUUAUUUCCCCCAACCAAAAUUUUAUCGGUUGAAGUGUCCUGAUGUGAUUAUUGCUCAUGCACAGAACAGAUUCAUUUCCUCUUUGCCCGUAUCAUAUGGUAUUCCAUUGCCCAUUUUGCAGCAGUUUGGAUCACCACAGGGUGAAAGUGUAGAGAGUUGGGUGAUUGCCCCUGGCAUGCCUUUCCACCCUUUUCCACCUUUACCUCCAUGUCCCCGUGAUAAGAAAGACACUCGACCUGCUUGUGCUGCUAACCCCAUUGGAAUGAAUGAAGUUGCAGAAGGGCAACAGGGCAGCCGUCGACCUGCCAGUAGCUAUCCUGAUGAAAGCAUUCCUAGCACAGCUGGUGGUAAUCCACCAGAGACAGACAUUCCAUGUACUAACAUCCAACAGACAUUUAAAAGGAGGAGGGAAUCCUCGUAUGAUUUGGGUAAGAAGUACUUCAGACAGCAGAAACGAAAGCAGCCUCCAUGGCAUAAGUCUGAAUGCAUGGGAAACAACUAUAUAGGUGGGACAUGCUGCAUAGAUGUAGGAAAUGUAAAAAAUGAGCUCAGAAAUUCUUAUUAUUCAGAUGAUAUAGCCUGUAGAGUUGCAGAAGGUCGCAAUGAUUUUUAUCCGCAAUCACUCCACCCAAAUCAACAUUGAUUUAUAGGAAAUUUUGUGACAAGUACUUUCUUUCAUAAUUAAUGUAUUCUCUUCAAUUCUUUGUUU